AUGGCCGUCUCCGAGCUCGCUUGCAUCUACUCCGCCCUCAUCCUUCACGACGAUGAGGUUACGGUCACGGAGGAUAAAAUCAAUGCCCUCAUUAAAGCAGCAGGUGUAAAUGUUGAACCAUUCUGGCCUGGAUUAUUUGCAAAGGCCCUGUCCACUGCAAGCCUCAUCUGCAAUGUAGGAGUUGGUGGAUCUGCCCCAGCAGCUGGUGGUGCUGCCCCUGCUGGAGGGGCUGCUCCUGCUAGCACAGCUGCCCCAGCUGAGGAGAAGAAGAAAGAGGAAGCAAAAAAAGAAAGAAUCCGAGGAGUCCGAUGA